UGACCUUUGAGUGAACUUUUCCACCCUUUCAAGCUGCAAGAUGCAAAUAGAUUAACUAAAUCGGCUGUCCAGGCCACAGAUGUAAACAGCGUAUGCAUGCACGGCACAACCACUUGCAGCUUUCAGAACUCUAAGUGCCAGGCUGCAGCCUCCACGGCUCAAGCCCGUCUUUUGUGCAGGGUUAGGGUGACGUGGCGGAACUGGCGAAGCUGGGCAAAGAUGCAUCAACGUGACGAGAAGGAGAAUGCCGAUGUGGUCAGCUUCAAGGAGUCGCAUCCUAUGGCAGCGCCAGACGGAAGAGUCAGCUGCCGCAGCAAGUUCGUGUCUACCUUUCCAAUCUUUGGAUUCUUCGCCUUGCGAUAUGCCAAAACUGGAUACAUGAAAAAGUUCUACACAGAUGACUAUCCUCGGGCUUCUCUCAGCGUGAUGUCAACCUUUUUGAUCUUAAGCACUCUUUUGGACUUGAUCAUCGACCCGUUGGUGGCCAUCAUGACAGAUAGCACUCGCAAGAUCUUUGGACAUGACUGGGGUCGCCGGCGGCCCUUCCUGUUUGUCUCCAGCUUUAUUGUGACAUUCUCAUAUGCGAUGGCUUUCUCGCCGCCUGCGAGUUUCUCAGCACAAGCCCAACAAGAUGCCGAAAACUGGUUCGCAGUGAACGGAAGCAACGCAGCCAAUGCUCCAGUGUUCAACUCAGUGGCAUCUGCGGUUUGGUACGGGAUAUUUCAUAUUACAGUGAAGGUCUUUGCAGAUGCCAUUUUUGAAAUUCCACAUGGUGCUUUGCUGGUGGACCUGACUCAGAAUGGCCAAGAACGGACCUCCCUUUGGUCCUGGCGGGAAUUGUUUGUUUGCUUGGGCAUUUUGAUGGGCAUGGUCGUGCCAAUCAUUGGGGAGUCCGAAUGUGCUUCAAGCCCGAGCACGGGCUGUUAUUCCUAUCUCCUGAUUGCCCUUGCCUUUGGCGCGAUAUUUACACUUUCCACCCUGUUCUUGUGCUGGGAUGUGAAGGAGCGGCCAAGUACGAACAUUCCAGGACAAGCGGAAGCACUGGUUCCGGGAAUUGUUGGGUGCUUCAGCAACUAUCCCUUCAUGAUCCUGCUGGUGUCGGACAUUGUGGAAGGCUUCGGAGCAAACCUUCCUUUGAUUGUAUUGCCCUACGUGAUAGACUGGGUGGUUGGAAAGACUGCAGCAACGGAUCUUUUGGGCUCUCCUGGAAUGCUAUUUGCAGCCUGUGUUGUGGUACACAUGGUGGUGAGAGUUCCUUUGACCUUUGCAUGGAAAUGCGCAGCCGAUCGAUUUGGGAAAUAUCGAACCUUUGUGGUAUACAAUAUUGCCUAUGGAUGCUACAUGUUCCUCUUCCUCUUCGUUUCGGAAGGUUCAGCGCUUCUCGCCGUGAUUCUUUCGGCCUUCUGGGGUAUUGCCUAUGCAGGCCACUGGCUGCUUUAUGACUUGGUCUCUGAUGUAGCUGAUUAUGAUGAGCUGUGCACAGGGCAAAGGAGAGAAGGACAACUGACGAUGGCCCGCGAUCUUGUCCCAAAGAUUUGCGAAAUCCCUGCAGAUGCUUUGCCAUUCAUGCUGAUGAGCUACUUCCAGUACAAUCCGGACCUACCAAGCCAGAAUCAAGAAGUCCAGUGGAUCAUCAGAGGAUCGAUUUCGAUCCUACCAGGCUUAGCAGGUUUGCUUGGAACCGUGGCAUUGAUUUUCUUCAACCUCCGAACCAAGGAGCAGCAUGAAGAGAUAACAAGGGGCAUCCAGCUGCACCAGGACGGCUACUCAGCGAAGGACCCUUUGACUGGACUACUCAUGCCUCCGAUCAAAGUCUUGGCCGACAACUCAGUGGAGUAUGAUGGUUCAACUAUUGGCAAGGAUGAAAUCUACAUAUUGAACCACUUUUUCGCAUCCGAAAUCCGCUGGGCUUCUGACUCGCAGAGUGUUGGCAAGCUGAAGAUGAAGCCCUUGAUACACUUGCUUCUCUCUCUGAUUCUGGCUGUGCCGGGGGUUCUCCUCACGAUAGAAGGCUGGCCGGCACUCUCGGCGGGUGACAGCUCCUGGGCGCCAGUUGGCAUCAUUUUCCUUGGCUUCGCCUUCAUUGGCUCGAUUUUUAGCGGGGAAAGGGUCAGGCAAGGAUUUCGAGCCGUUGGUUUGGUGCAGGUCAAGGACCUGGAGGUGAUGAAAGCCAUUCACAAAUCGAGAGGGCGUCUUCCAGGUGGCACAAAAGUGGCGCCUUUGCGGCAAGGACCUGCCUUGCAAAGUUGGAGAAACAUCUGUGUUUUCAUGCGUCUAGCGCUGCGACACGGGGAUUUCGGAUUAUUAACGCCAGCAAAAUCCUAAACAAAGACCAUCGAAAAUCAGACCGACAUCGGACGGACCACCCCUAAUGACCGCCCCUAAUUCUUAGCCUAGCCUCCAUCAAAUCAUCCAAACGAGAGAGGAGAGGGACAAAUUUCAUGAAAUGGUCAUAUAUUGCCCCUGAUAAGCUUGUAGGACCAGAGAUCGGUAGGGACCCUAAUCGCUGCGUUUGACUUGCUCCAUUCCAGGCUGCUGAGAAAGAGUAGGAAUAAUUUGGAUCCUGUUUGUCCUGGGUCCUGGGUAGUUGCAAAGCACGGCCCAGCAGGACAAAGGAACAGCUUCGGCAAAAGCCGGCUGUGCUUCGUUUUGGAUUUGACUGCUUGGUCUCGGCGUCCCAUUUGUUGAAAUGUCCUGCUGCCGCAAUAGAGUGUUUGUACCUGUUGCAAC